CUGCGUAUUUCUUAUUCUGUCAAUGUGAGAAAAUCGUAAAAAAAUAAAUAACAAUAUUAUCAGUUUCUAAAAUUUCUCUAGCUGAACUCUGAACGACAAACGUCGGCGGACAGCGGUAGUGGUAACUUGUAUUAAUUUCUGUAAAAUGUGAAUCACGUUCAAUCAAACAUUUAGACGUUUUAGUUGUUCCAUGCUAUUAGCCGUGGGAGGUUGUUUGUUUUUGCACCUUAAACUAUUGUGAUAUAUUUUAUGGAUAUAUACAGGUAUUUCUCAUUUUAUAUUAGAAUUUUUUUACCGGUUUUUAUGAAAUACAUUGUUGACUAUACAGGCACAAGUGAAGAUAUUGUUUUAUCAACUGUUUUACAUUUAUAAUACUUAUUGAUACCAUGAGUGUCGAUGUGAGCCACAAUGUCCAUACACGACUACAGGUUCACAACUGUGUCGUGCAGCCUUUGCUUACAGGUACAAAUUAAACCAUUUAUGGAUUUAUUAUUUUGCUAUUUAUAUAUACUAUUUUUUACUAUCUGUAUGUGUGUAAUAUGUUUUUUAUUUUUAUUUGAUGGCCUAUCAUACAAUUUUUCAACAAAUUUCAUCACUUAUACAAAUUAAGACUAAUUUAAAAAAUAGUAGAUUAGGGUUUAUAUAGAUGAUGAACUAACUUGAGUCUUUCAUAUUUUCUUGGGUUGUAUCUAUUUACAAUGUGCUAAUUAGCUAAACUUAUUUGUCUUGAUGACCUAUAAGCCAAGGCCAAAGUCAGUUAUUGGCACUCUAAAAUUUCAUGGAUAUGAUACUCUUUAUAAUUUAAACAAUCAAUAUAAAUGUAUAUAAUGCAUGUUUAAAAUAAAAUAAAUAAAUUCUUGAAUAACUACAAUAUCUAAUUAAUAAGUAUUUCUAUAUUUUAUAAUUAUAUUGACAAAUUCAGUAGCUUAAGAUUUCAUAAUUACCUACUUAUUAUUAAUAAAAUAAUUCUGUGUUAAGUAGAGAUAUAAUUACAAAAAUUUGUUUAUUUAUUCGUUAUCUAUAAUUGUUGUCAACAUUAGUUCUUUAUACAUUAUUACAAAAAACUUGCAGAGGGUCAAAUUUAAUGUUUUGCAUAUUAUAUCUAAUUUCUAAUUAACCUUUUUAAAAUAUAAUAUUGUACUGUUUAAUUAAAUGUUUAAAUUAAUUUAUCUUAUUAUUAAUCUGUUAUAUACGUAUAUGACAAACUGAUUUGUUUUUAUUUUACAUGCAUAAUAGGUACAAACUUUAGAAAACUUACUUUCAGCAAAACCGUUGCUAAAUUAUUCUUAUUACUGUAAAUUAAACUAUUAUAAAUUUAAAAAAAAAAUUAUUGUCUAUGUAGAUAUCAUAGAUUUGUUUUUUUUUUUAUGUAUAUAUAUUUUUAAUUUAUAAAACUAUGGGUAGGUAUGAUUAUUAUAAUUUGAAAUAUUUUAAACAUGUAUAACUCACUUCAGAAUAAAAAUAUUGAAAAAAAAAAUUACAAUAAUAAAAUAAAGAUAAUUUUCCUAUCUUUAAGUUUUAUAAUAGGUUGAUUUAUUGUAGUACCUACUUAUUCAGAUUUAAAAGCUCUAUUGGUUUUCUUCAAAGUAAAUGUUAAGUGUAUGUUGGAUAUUAAAAUAAAUGAAAAUAUGGGAUAUAGUUAAAAAACUUUUUAUAUCUAAAAAUGAUAUGUUUUGAUUAGGUUAGUGAAUACUAACUAAACUAAGUAUUCUAAGUUCUAUUCUAACUAUUUUUUUUUUUUUUCAACAAAAUUCUAUAUUACGCUAUCUGUUUCUAUUAAAACAAUAAGCUUAAGUGAUAAUAAAAAAAAAAAAAAAAAACAGACAGAAGAGACUAAAGGAAGAGGGCCUCCCAUUGAAGGUACUUCAACAUGAAUAUAAUUUUAGGGUUUUGAUUCUAGAAAGUAUUAAUAAUAAUGAUAGUACAAUGAAUACAUAAUAGUUAUUUAACAAAGAUCGCGGUAGUAGUGAUACAUUUUUUUUUUUUUUUUAAUUAAUAUUAUAUAAGCAGGUCACGACACCAUUUUAUUCUAACUAUUUAAUUUAAAAUUUGUUGUCAUUGUUAUGUUUGACUCAAUUUUAUCUUGCAUAUUUCUUAAUAUAUUUUAUUUAUGACUUAUAAUUCUACAGUGUUAACUGUGAUUAUCAAAUUAACAUAAAUAAAAUGCAUAUAAAAUGGAGUCUCCACCUAUAGCAAUUUUAAUAAUUUAAUUUAAUCUAUCUACAGUUUUUAAAAAAAUAAUAAACUAUAAAUAAGUACAUUAAAAGUUUACCAAUACAAUCUAUAUAUUUUUUCCUUUUGAAUUUAAAAUCUUAAGAUUAUUAUGGAAUGAAAAAUUAAUAGGUAUUUAUAUUUUUAAAUUGCAUUUUCCUACGCUUUCUGUGAUUUUUAUUUAUUGAUGUCACCCUGUAAAUUGAUUAAUCUAAAUGAAUACAACAAUAACCAUAUGACCAAUUACAAAAUUACCUACUUACACUAUUUACAAAUAAAAUAAAAAUGAAUUGCUAUAGCAAAGAUAUUGGCCAUAGGUGAUGUCUCCACCAUCUAGCUUACCUGUGAUUGAUAAAUUAAUAUGAACAAUAAUAACUAUAGAAACAUUUUAAAUCAAUCCUCUAUUUAAUUGUAUAAAUUUAUUUUUUUUUGUUUUUUUUUUUUUUGUUAUGUGCCUGUACACAAUUUUUCGACCAAACAUUUUGCGCUGAUUAAAUACUUUGUUAGAACUUUUUUUUCUUAUACAGUUUUUACAAAUUUUUAUAGAUUUAAAAUAGGAUAAAAACUGGUUGUUCUUAUUGAUUUCUAGAUUAAAUUGCCAUAAAGAGAAAAUACAUGACAAAUGUAUUCUGGUCAGAAUUUUCAUUAUAAAAUAGUAUUUCAUUACGCGCAUCUACAAAUUGUUAACGAAACAAGCAGUUCUUAUAUAUUACAUUUUCAUUAUUUUCUAUCACCCUUAUAUUUAGAAAUGACUACCUCUUUUGAUUUUUAAAUGACAAAAUAUAUUUAAAAUGCAUAUAUAUAUAAAUAUUCUAUAUAUAUAUAUAUAGAAUAUUUAAAUGUUUAGAAUGUUUAAAUAAAUUCUGAUUUUGGAAUUUUUGAUUUUCAUCAACCUGUUAACGAUAUAUUCUACUUUUAAAGUUUAAGUAGAGGGAAAUGAGUGGGCAUUAUUUGUGUGAGCAUGGAUUGCGACGUUUUAAUAGUGCUCUACUACAUUUGCCCUAGCCAAUCUAAAGAUCUUGGGUAGAUUGCCAUUCAAAAAUCAAAAAUAAGGGUGUCAAAAAAUAAUAGAAAUGAAACAUUUUAGAGUUGCUUAAUUGUCUAAAAAUCAAACUUUGAAAAAAAGUCAAUACUUUUUGAAGUAAUGAGUUUUUCAACAAUAAACCUAAACAAUAAAAAAAUCAACUUUUAUGUACUAUAAAUGUAGUAAAUCUUUUUAAUUAUAUAAAAAAAAAAAAUAAUAAUUAGUUAAAUAGAAAGAGAGAAAAAAGCUGAAUGAUAUAUUCUUUGCAUCAUCAGUAGGCCACUGAUUAGGUUGGAAGUUGGGAAGGUAUAGGAUGUAGAGAUAUUUUGUUAAAUUGGGUACCUACUCGGUAAAUGCAAUGUUAAAAAUUGCAAAUAAAAAACUAUUUUGAGUUAAGCUUGUUUAAUUGGCUGCCUUUAAUUGGUUCAACUAAUUGAAGUUUUUUUUUUCUAUGUAGUGAAGGAAACUCAAAAAACUAAAAUUCAUGUAUUUUCAGAAUUGUAUAUUUAUCCGUGCUAUAGGUUUUGUCUUACAGGCACGUUGCCAUUUGUUUUUAUUUGAUUGCUUUUAUUAAAAAAAUGUACAAGGAAUUUCAAAAAAUAACCAACCAAGUACACCAAAUAAAUGAAAAAUGUUACCAGAUAAUCUUCUUGUUAUAUUUUCAUUGGAAAAAGUCUUGACCAAAUAUUUUGUUUACAUACAGAAAGAAAAAGAGCAUACAUAUAGUAAAACUAGUUUCUAUUCAUAUUAUUUUUAGAAAAAUAGUUUCUAUUCAAGUAUGUUUUUAAUAGAAGGGGGAAGAGGUGCAAUUAAAAAAUCUGAAUUUUACUAAUUUAAUAAUGAUAAGUAGGGGAACCGUAUGAAAAUAAUGUUAGUAAAAUAAGCCUAAACAAUAAUUUUAAAAAAUCUUCUGAAAAAAAAAUACUUGUUCAUGAUAAAGGGAUCAUUCUGUAAAUAAAUAUAUUUGUGUAUAAAUGAAUGUAUUUCAUAUUAAUUUUAGUUCUGUAUUUAACCUUAGAACAUUAGACUGAAUGCAUUAUUUAUACAAUAUUAUGUAUUUACCAGAUUUAUAUCAAAUUACAAUGGCCUAUGCAUACUGGAAAUCUGAAAAAACAUCAGAUACUGCUGUAUUUGAUUUAUUCUUUCGUCAGAAUCCAUUCCAAGGCGAAUUUACCAUAUUUGGUGGCUUAGAGGAAUGUUUAAGAUUUUUGGAAAAUUUCAACUAUUCUGACAGUGGUAAGUCUUAAACAUAUUUUCUAUAUAGGUUUUUCAUAAACUAUAAAUUUAAGAAAUAAAACGUAAAUUAUGAAAAUUAUUAUGUUAUUGUUGAAUGAAUAUUUCUAUUACAGAAGUCUAGUAUAUUUAUUAUCUUUGAAUUUAAUAAAGUUAAACAAUUCAUUUUGUCUAUUGGUCAUUAACAAACUAGAUAACAGUAGAUUCUUGAUACCUCAAAGCGAAAUAUAUUCAAGUAAUUUUCUUAGUAGUUCUAAUCAAUAUCAUACAAAAAUUAGUUUAAAAUUAAUAUAUUCAUAACUUACAAUAGUAAAGUGAUAUAUUAUAUAUUAUUGUAUUAUAAUAUGGUGAAAUUAUGUGUUAAAUAUUAGUCAUAAUAUUUUUCACAGGUUGAACGUAUUACUAAUAUAUACAACUUUUAUGAUAAUUGUAUCAUAUUAAUAUUGUUUUUUUACAAUACGGACCUUUACAUAUUUUUUCUAAAUACAAUGUAUUUUGUUGUGUCACAUUAGACUGAACUAUUAAAAAAAAUAACUUGUUAUUAUUUUCAAUUUUAUAAAAUAAACUAUCUGAUGCACCCAGUUUUGUCUGAGUUACCUAAUAAUUUUAAGCUGUCUUGCCUGGUGUUGCCAGUGUCAAUGUUUUAAUCUUUUCACUUUUAUUCUUGUUUUGCUUAGCUCGUAUCAAUAUAUUGAACAAACAAAUAUGUAGAAAUUCACUUAGUUUUGAGUUUUCACAUGAUUUCUUAGAAUAUUCGAAAAAAAAAAAAAACAACAGUCAGAAACAUUUAUUAUACAAUUACAAAAUGAUAUAUAUAAACUAAGUUGGUUUUAUUUCUUUGGAAACAUGUUAGAGGUAAAAAAAAAAAUGCAAAUAAAAAGUAUCUUAGGCUUAUGAGAUUAUAAUUAACUGUAAUAAACUUUAUAUAGUUUAUGAUAACAGUAAACUGUAAGAUGUUAAUCAUUCUUUGAUUAGCGACAUAUAAUAUACAGGAUGAUUUACUAAACAAGUUAGCCCCAUUUUUAUGGUUAAAUUUUGCAUUUGUUAAAGCCGAUAAUUUCAAAUACUUAGAUUUUUCUUAACAUUUAAUACAAUUUCUGGUUUUUUCAAUAGGAAUCUAUAUUAAAAAUUCUGUAAAUAGACUGAUUAAUACUUUAAAUAAAUUUUGGUGUUAACAUUUUUGAUUUCUAUUGAUGAGAUAUUUCAUUUUUAAGUUUAUUCAGCGGGAAAGUAGUGGAGUAUAAUUUGGAGCAUAUUAUUAGUACUUCACUACUCUCCCUCUGACUAAACUUAAAUGUGAAAUAUCUCAUCAACUAAAAUCAAAAAUAUUAGCACCAAAAUUUAUUUGAACUAAUACUUCAUCUAAUUAUAGAAUUUUUAAUAUAAGUUUUCAUCUCGUGUUACUAAGGUAAUCUAUACAAAUAAAUAAAUAAUUUAAUAAUAAAGAUGGUUGAUUUUCGAUAAGGAGUGGAAUUCAAUAGCUAUAAAAGCAUAAACAUUUCCCCAAUAAUGCGGAUCGUUUUGUGAAAAACCACCUAAAUAUUGGUCCAGUAGUAUAUGAAAUUUCACAUUUAUAUACAUAUUCAUAUAUAGAUAAUAAUUAUAAAUUAAUUUAAAAUCUUUCAAAAUUCAAAUAAAUUAUCUAAUAUUUAAUAAUUAUUGUUUAAUGUACAAUUUGUUGAUUGUUUCUUUGAUUCAUGAAUAUUUUUCAUUAAAUAAUUAUAUUACUGAGUUCUAAAGAUUUAAAUUAUUCAAUGGCAAUCAUUUUUAACUCUAAAGUAAAAAAUCAAUCUAAAAUGUUUGUCUAUAUUGGAUGUAAAUUUAAAGCAAUGAUUUUAAUUAUUAUUAUUAAUAUUUGCUUAAAUUAAAAUGAUAUAUUAUGAGUGCAGUUAAGUUAAUGAUUAUUUAAGAUUUGAAAUAGUAAUAUUAUGUAUUAUCUUCUAUUUUUAUUUAUAUAAAAAUGAAUAUAUGUCCUUUAUACAUUAUUGUACUAUUCAUCACCAUGAUACUUUGGGAAGUUGUUCCUCGUUAUCUGAAGAAGGUUUAUAUAUAUUGAAAUCUACCCCCUAUUAAAUAACAUGCCCUAAAUUUUGGUUUAUAGGUAUUUUUAGAAUAAAAAACAAAUUAUUUUUGUUGAUUCAUGAGUUACCUUGAUAACAGUGGUAACACCAAUGAAAAGAAAAAAACAUUAUUAUUAAUUUUUAUACGGCAAUCACUGUUAUGUGGAUAACUAUGGUUAUAACAUAUAAUGAUUAUUUAUCUAUUAACUUUAUUUAAAAACUUUUUUAUUACAACAUUAAAGCUAGAUGAGACAGCUUUUAUCAUAUAUACAACUAUUGCAUUACCAAUAUUACAUGUGCAAAUUGUUUAAUAAAGGUCAUUUAAUUUUUUAAUAGUUUGUAAGUAAUUGUUAAAAUAAUUAAAAAAGUUAUAAAUAUAAGUUUUGAUCAUAGUAUACAGUAUAUGCAGCGCUGCAACUGGCAGAAAUGCAAGACAUAAUCCAAUGGGUCUAAAUAUUCAUAAGAAGCGCAUUUUUUUAAUAUAGUUGUAAUUUUACUUAAUGUAAGAGGAUGUAGGGCACUAUAAUUUAACUUUCACUUGAGCACUCAAAUACAUAGUUAUGAAAAACAAUUAUACUAACUAGGUAUUAUUAUUAUUUAAUUCUCCUUAUUAUGUUUUGUUUUUAAACCAAUCACUAUUACAUAAAGUGUCAUAGAAUCAUUUUAUAUUAAGCUAAAUAAUACAAAUGGGUUUUAUCAGGGGGACCCAAAUGUAGAGAAAAAUUAAAUUUUAUUAUCAUUCCGUAAUCAUUGAAAACAAAAACUAUAUGUUUUCACUUUUUCAAAUUUUCAUAAUAGCCAAUCUGUAAAAUUAUAUUUCAUAUAUUAUAUUAUUCUAAACAUUUUAUUAUACCAUACUUACAUAUUCAAUCAAUAGUUUCUUAGUAAUAUCUGUUUUAUUUUCUAAAAAAUUUGUGUGAAAACAAUUAAUUUUCAAUAGAAAAAAAAAUAAAUUGCGCAAUAAGGGAAUCUCAAUCAGCACAGUAAUUCCUUAUAUUCUGUUGAAUAUUAAUUUUAUUUACUACUUUUUUCUAUACAUUAAAGUUGCUAUCACUAAGAAACUAUUAAUCGGUUAUAAAUGUAUGAUACAUUCAAAGUUUCAGGUUUUCUCGAAGUUAGUGUUCCUCUGACACAAAACCCAAUUGAAAAAAAAAAAGAACAUUGAAAAAAUUAAGUAGCAUUCUAAUAACAUUACGGGAUACUCUAUAUAGUAGAUAUUUUGGAAUUAUUAAUGCAUAUUUUGAAUAUAUUAAAGACAUUUUUAUUUCUUAUUUACUUUCUCAAAUAUGUUUACAAAAUCAUAGUAUUUGUUCUGCCAUAUUUUUUUUCUAGUAUGACUUAGUUUUAUGAAUUUUAUAGCAGUACCACAGAAACAAUGUUAUCAUCCCCACUACACAUCUAUUAGUUUAUUCAAUAAGUAAUUUUAGAAAACAAUUUUUGUGUUUUUCAGACAUAGAGUAUUUAAAAACUACAUUACCGCCAACAAUUGAACAAUCAUUUUUCACAUAUUUAAAGGAAUUGACCGCUAAAGAUGUAAAGCUAUAUGCAAUUGAUGAAGGCUCAGUAGUGUUUCCAAGGUAAUUAAAAAGGAAAUGUAAAUUAUUUUAUUACUUAAUUGUUUAUGGACUUUAUUAAGAUAAAACAGGUUUUAGUUAAGUGUACAAAAAUAAUUAAUACUAUAAUAAAACUAUGUUUAUUAUAAAUUUGGGUCAUUGAUGUUUUGUUUGUGAAUACAAUAUCUAGUAAUGUAAUUUGAAACAACUGACUAUAGAAGCUUUGGAGUAAGAUAUGUUUUAGAUUUUAAGUAGACCUAAGAAUAUAUUUUUUUUUUACAAUGAUGUUUAUUUUUAUUUUUUCUAUGAACAACUUUUCUACCAAAAAUGUUGUUUUAAUUUUCAAGUGUAGCACUUUUUCUGAAAGGAAAUUAGACUGUGGUAGCAUCUUAAAGUUGUCAUUUUUUUGAUUUUCCCUUGGAUUUUCAAGGAAUGUAUUAUUUUCUAAUCUUAAGUAAUGCAGCCUUUCAAAACAUAUAACCGAACUCUGAUCAAAAUCGUUUUUUUUCAUUAUUAAUGGUUAAUUGUUGCACACAUAUAUAAAUUAAAUUUUAAACCUCUUUCUCUCCAACUGCAAAGUACAGGGUGAUCAGAAUUUUAUAUUGCAGCAAUUUUCUCCUGCAAAUAUUCAAAAUAGAGAAAAAUGUUUAAUUCUAAAGUUUCUUUAUUUUUAAACACCUAAAAUAUAAUUUGUACAUUUUUUUUUAUUUUACUGAAUGUUUUUUAGCGAUGGGAGUGUUAACUUUUGAAAUUCAAAUGGGAACCUAUAUUAAAACAAAUUCUAUAAAUAAAUGGAAUAAUAUUUUAAAUAAAUUUAUGUGUUGAAAUUUUUAAUUUCCGUCAGCCCAUUGAUGAAGUAUUCAACUUUUUAGUUUAGAUAGAGGGAGAGUAGUGAAUACUAUUCAAACUCCGCGCGCUGUGGUUGCUUAUAUUAUAGUUCAAAAGAAUUGAGUUGUCAGACUGCACUGAGAUGGUAACAAUAUUUUUAGUUGUGCCUUCUAUAUUGAGUUUAGAUAGUGGUUAUCCAUCCAUUUACGUACUGGUAGAGAUCUACAAUUUUCCUUCACACUUCAUUUGCUAGUGCUAGUUGAUGAACUGAGCAUUUCAGUUCCACCAAUUAAGGUGAGGGUUUACUUUUGGUUGGAACCUCGGAGUCUAGACCAAGUGAAAAACCUGUGAACCUUUCCAACCUCGUCGAGGUAGAUUCUAUUUAGGGGGAAACCAUAAAUCUUGCGCACAAAGUGAAAUAUGUAAUAAUAAUUAAAACAUUAUGUGUUAAUAGAAAAUAAAUUGUCUUAUCAAUUAUUUACACAAUCAGUAUAUAAAUCAUGUUUUAAAAAGAUUAUUUGUUCAUAUAUUUAAAUCCAUUUUAUAAUUUUAUAUUAUUUAUAAUAUAAAAUAUUAUAUAUUUAUUUUUCAGAGUGCCUUUAAUUAGAGUAGAAGGACCUUUAAUUGUUGUUCAACUUCUAGAAACUACUUUACUAACAUUGGUUAACUUCUCUAGGUAGUUAUAAUUAAAAAAAAAAAUAUUUUUCAAAUUAUAUUUAAUUUUUUAAUUUAUUUAGUUUGAUGGCAACAAAUGCAGCUCGAUACAGAAUGGCAGCAGGUGAUACUGUAUCAUUAUUAGAAUUUGGUCUGAGGCGUGCUCAGGGUCCUGAUGGUGGCUUGUCUGCUUCUAAGUAUGCAUACAUAGGUAUGUAAUUUUUACUUUAGUACCUUCCAAAAGUGGAAAUUUUCAAUAAUUAUAAUCACAUUUUAAAAAUGUGUUGUGUACUAGUUGAACUUGUUUAUUGAUUGCAAUUUAAGUAAUGUCAGUCAGUGACUGGUACUAAAUGAGUUAUGAAUACUAGGUACGUGUUUUAUUACUCACAGGUAAUCAACACUAAACUUGAACUCAAAGUUAUUUUGCAUAGUAUGGUAUAUUUAUUUUUUAUAAUACAACAUUUUAUCACGAAUUCCUUUAAACUACUUAUAUUAUUUAAAGUUUAAUUUAAAUGUUCUGACAGCAUAAAAAUUACCCUUCGUGUUUCAUUUGAAUAAUAAUUACUUGGCAAUAUUAUUAACUUCAAUGGUUUUAAUGUUAUUAUGUUUUAGUAUUGAUUUUAUUUAAUAUUUAUUAUAUAAGAUGUAUAGUAAACUUAACAGUGUUGUUCUUGUUAGUUAAAUUAAAUUUUUAAGUGUGAUAAUUAAUGAUUAUUAUAUUAUGAAAUUAAUUAUUAAUUUAAUAUUUUUAAAUAUAAGUAGACAAUUUAAAAAUACAUUUAUUAGUGGAUUAAUAAUAUUAUUGUCUUAUUUAUGUAUUUAUUAAAUAAAUGUCAUAUCAAUUUUCUCAUUGAGGAGUACUAUUUGCAUAAUAUAUUUACAAUGUACUUGGUCUUAAUUUUAACAUAAACACAAUGUGUUAUUAUUAGUUAAAAUUAAGAGAUGUUUUUUCAAGGUUUCGAGUAUAAUUUUGUUUAAUUUUUUUUUUUUUUUAGUUUUAUGUAAUGUAUAUGUCAUUUCUAAUAAGAAAAAAAGAGAAAAUAAAAAUGCCUGUUACUUUCGAUUUUGUUUUUAGAUUCUGAGUGAAACUAAUAAUCUGUUGAUUUUACUUUGUGUGUUUUAUUUUUUCAGUCUGUAAAUAACUUCUUCUAGAAAUCAAAACAUAACAAGAGAUCUUUUUUGUCACAUUUUGGUUCUAGUUGGUACUUUAAAAAUGUUUAGAGAUCUGAAAUGUGUACAGAAUACUUGUAUAAUAAUUUUCUAGUAAAAUUCACAUAGUUCUACUGGUAUAGACAUGGUUUUUUUUGGUGGUAUUUGGUUAUAUGUGGAUUAAAUUGUUUUGGCCAAACAGGAAUGCUUAAAAUUUUACAUAAGGUUCAUCAUAAAUUUUAUUUGGCGGUAAAAAAAAGUUGGGUUAUAUUUUUAUUUUUAUUUUUAUUAUUAUUAUUUUUUUUUUUUUUUUUUUUUUUUUUUCAUGGUGUGAAGUUUAAAAUUUGAUGAAAAUCAUAUAUAUCAAAGCAUUUCAAAAUAUGUUUAACCAAGCUUCACACAGAAUCGUUAUUCAUGUGCAAUAAUUUAUAACUGUGUACAGAUUUAAAUUUUAUAGUUCUAUGUAUUCUAACUUCUCGCCUUCUAGAGUGGUACACUUGUUAGUAAUAUAUCAGCCUAUUUUUACAUAAGUAUUAAUAGUAUUAAAAUUGCCAUAAACCAUUUUCGCCAUCAACUUUCUCUUGUAUCCUGAUUAGUUAUGUUUUUUUUUUAUAGGAGGAUUUGAUGGAACAAGUAAUUUACUUGCUGGAAAAAUGUUCAAUAUACCAGUAAAAGGUACUCAUGCUCAUGCAUAUAUAACAUCAUUUUCUAAUCCAAGUGAAUUAAAAACAAAGGUAUUUAAUCAAUCCAUAGUUGUAUUAAUAAUAAUUAAGAAUUUAUUUAAUUACAUUAGACCUAUUGGUUAAGGACAAUUAAAAUAUCACUUAAUCUGUACUAUUCAAAGGCAAGUAUAAGCAAAAAAAAAAAAAAAUGAUAUAGUUUUAAUAAAAGAAAAUGUGGAAGAAGUUACAAUAGGCUUGAUGAAUGGAGAGCAGCACUUGAAGGAAAAAGAACUAAAGAUAAAUAGAAGUAAAAUAGACUAAGAUAGUUUUGGAAAGUUUAGAACAUUGGUAGUCAAUCCAAAGUAGUUGGGAUUAAGGCAAAGAAGAAAAAUAGAUUAAAACUAUUUUAAUAUUGUUUAAGGUUACAUAUUUUCUUACAUAUUAUUGGUUUUACAAUGUUUUUUUUAAAUAUGUGAUCACUUUCUACCAGAUAGCUUACUCCGAUUAUCAAGCAAAGCACUUUUUCUGAAAGGAAAUGUUCUCAUGAUUAAAAAUAAGGUUGUCAUUGCAACUGUUUCAUUUAUUUUUUGUUAUAAUUAAGUUUUGUAUUAUUUUAAUCUUUGUUAAAUUAUUGUUGUCAUGGAAAAGCACAUUAUAAUCAUUUUACUAUAAUAUUUAUUUAUUUAUUUAUUUAUUUAUGUAUAAUAAACGGGUAAAGACCCGUUUUUGUAGGCAGUACAGGUUUAAACAUUUAAGUAUUUUAUAGUUAACAAUUAACAUCUCGAUUUAAAACAAUAAUAAUAAUGAAGCUANUUGUUUAAGACUAAAUAUACAUUUCUUUUGAAAACAUUAUGUGACAUAAAGAAAAAAUCUACAUUAUCAACAAUAAGAUUUGCUAGCCUUAAUGCUCUAGGAAAGUAAGAAGAGGAGCUGUAGUUAUUAUUAUAAAAUGGAACAUGAAAUAAGUUUGAUUUUCUUAAACAUAUAACAUGUAUAUUGUUGAAAAAGCAACACUAUCAACUGAACUCCACUCAAAAUUGUUAGCAAUGGUUUAUCAUUGCAUACAGAUAUAUAUUUAAUUCCUGUUUGUAUCCUAACUUCCUACAUACAAUAGUGACUGCACCUACAUGCAAAGUAUGUCCUUUUUAAUUUUUUUGGUAUUUAAUUUGUAUAUCUUUAAGUAUAGUAUAUCCUAUUCAAAUAUAUUAAUAAAUAUAUAUAAAUAUGAUAUAUAUAUAUAUAUUUUGUGUUACUUUAUCUGUUUAUUAUUUGAUUUAAGACUCUCAUUAAUUUGAACAAUGGCAAAGAACAAGAUUUAAUCGACUUGACCUUAUCAUGGCGUACCAAAUUAGCAGAGCUUUUAAACAUAUCUGAAAGUCAAGCAUCUGACGGAGAACUUGCAGCACUUGUUUCAUUUGCAAUUGCUUUUCCUGAAGGUUUUGUAGCACUUAUAGACACUUAUGAUGUAAAUAGGUGAGUAAUUAUGCUUAUUACAAUAAAUAUUAAGUGAUUCAUCUAAAAGGUGAUAGCCUUAUUUUACUUGGUUUGUAAUGCUUUAGAUGUAACUUUUGGGAUACUUAAGGGAUAUUUAUCUUCUUUAAAUUUUCAUGAAUAAUAUAAUUAAUUAUAUUUUUUGUGUUGAAAUAUUUUUUAACAUAGCUUUUAUUUCAGUAAAGCAAGUAAUUAAUUGGUUUUGCAACGUGUGUGUGUGGUUUAUUUUAUUUUGUAGUCCUUUUAUCACUUUUGUUGAUUUUAGGAAUACUUAUAGAUUAAAUAAUGGAUUUAGAAGUUAACUAGCCUUGAGAUGGUUAUAUUUAAUAAAAUAUAUACUUUAAAAUCUCCCAAAAAGAAAUUCCACAAACAAUUAAGUAAUAUAAUUUUCUAAAUACUUGUUUUAAAAAAAAUCCUUUUUGGUUAUUAUAUUAGUAGAUCAAAAAAUUAUUAUUUUACUGAUAAUUUAUUUUAGAUUUUUAAACGAUAUGAUGUUUAGCUAAUUUCAAAUUUUGAGUGUAUGAGUGUAUAAUGUAUAUACUAUAAAAUCAUUUUACAUAUCUUUGUGUACUACUAAAAUUUAAUUAUUUUUAUAAUGAAAUUGAAUAUAAUCUAAAAAGUGACAUUAUACAACAAGUUAAACUUUGUAGUGUUUUUAACUUUUGAGUCUCUGGAGUUGUGUUAUAUUGUUUGGAUGGUAGUGAGGUUUAAAAUUAUAUAGCUGAGGUUCCCAAAGUGUGGAUCACGACUCAAAAGUGUGUCGCGAUCAUAUAUGUCAUAUAUAUCAUAAUGUCUAUAUAAUAGUCAUCCAUGUAGUACCUACUACAGUUUAUAUAACUUUUCAACUAUUUAUAGCUUCAUAUUUGUAUUUUAAAAUUGUUAGAUAAAAUAUUCUGAAAAUCAUAUUGUUAACAUAGAUGCUAGUAACAUAGUCUAAAGAUAGUCUCUCAUUCAAUAUUAAUAACUUGUUAGGUAAUGCAAUGAUAAAUUUUAUUUGUAGCUCAAUGUUUAAUACAUUAAACAAUUUACGGACGGAUCAUGGGACUGGAGAUCUAGUAUAAAUUUAAUUGAUUGGUUAAAGAAAUUAAUUAAACAAAAGCAAUGAAUGUAUAAGUUUAUAGUUUUCUCUAAAUUUGAAUUAUGAACACUAUAAUUUUAAAUAUUCUCAAAAAAUUGAAGAUACGUUCAAUAAAGCACUUUUGUAAAACUGAACUUCACUGAAAAUUGUUUUUCUAAUGGAAUUACUUAUAGAAGUAGUGCCACACAUACCGAUUGAAAUGUGGCAUUUUGAUAGCCAUGACGGAAUGCUGCCCGUUGUCAAACUAGAGGUUUUCAAUGCUGUUGAAAAUAAAAAAUAUAUCUAUUUACCUUGGAUUUUAAAAAAGUGAAAUUUUCAAAAACACUGCCCAAAAAGUUCAGAAUUUCUCCUUCAUAGUCUCCUUGAAAAGAACGGAUUAUAAGAUUAUAAUUUAUCAAAACAUGUUUUGUUUUUUUCCAUUUUCUUUUUAUGUGUAAUUCGCCAAAUCAAGUGAUUUUUAGAUUCAAAGGAUAUAAUAAAUGGUGCUAAAAAUAAAACAUAUGGUGAAUUAUAUUUUGUAUAGUCAUGAAAUUGCAUCCACGUAUAUAUAUAUGUAAAGUGACAAUAGUGAUAAAAUACAUGUUAAUGGUUAAAAUUGCUGGCUUUUAAAAUGUGCUAUCAAAUACCAUUCAAAUCAAUUUUUUUCCAAUAAAAAUAUGCGUUUUGGUAAUUUCACAAAACACAUGUUGAAUUGAGUAAUGGUUGAUGGUUGCUCAAACCUACUGUUUUGGCGUAGUUUAUCUGUAUCUGGCUGUUUUGAUAGUAAAAAAAAUGAGGCAUUUCAAACGCAAUGUGUGGUGCUGCCCUUGUUGUUUUCAAAUGCAUAGGUAACACUGGCUUAUUCUGCAGAGGUGAAGUAGUAAGAAUUUUUUAAAACUUUAUGUUCUCUUCACUUUUUUUUUGCUUUAAUUUAUGUUUAUUUAUUAAUCAUUUAUAGCAUGUUUUAUUAAUUUUCUAUUUACAAACUAUACAUUACAAUUGUUUUCUUACCUUAAAUAAUAUAAAAGAAUAGUUUAAUUUAGAAGUAAUAUUGUUGAAUCUUUAAAAUAUCCCAAAAGUUAAAUUUUAAACUGUACAGAUUUAAUAAUAUAUAAUUAUAAUUAUAAAAUAAAUUGUUGAAAUUUCUUAGAAAACUACUAGUUAUAGGUAUUUAUUUCAAAUUUUAGAUAACAUUCUAGAAUUUCUAGUAGUUUCAUUUUAGUAAUUUCUUCAUUAUAAGCAUUUCGGUAAAUUAAAAUUUUUCAUUGUGUUUCAAAAACACAUACACAAAAAUUAAAAUGAAACCUACAAAAAUUAGUUUUUUUUUUCUGUUCUAAAUAUUACAGGUGGCACUUCUUAGGACCAAAACAACUACCUGUCAUUUCAAGUUUUGGGUAAGAUUUCCCAUUAUCCAUUAUUAGCAUGUGUUUGACCAUGGGAAAAAUGCUGAUCGCUUUUAAAAUAUUACUUAUUAAUUUUAAAUAUAAUAACAAUAACAAUAAUUUAUAUUCCAUAACCAUACUUCACUUAAAAGUUAAAACCAUUACAAUAUUUAUAUUUUACAGCAUGUUAAAUUUACAUAAUUUUUUAUUGUUAACACAUGCUUAAUUAGGUUCGAUGGUUUGCACUGAAUUUUUGUAUUAAUUAUUUUAUUUAUUUGAAUAUUAUAUUAUAGUUACAACUUAAAAAAUUAGUUUUUAUAAAUAUGUUUUAAAUAUUUAUUUUUUUGUCUUAUUUUUAGAAGUGGUAUUUUAAAUUUCUGUGCUGUAGCCUUGGCGUUAAAUGAUCUAGGUUACAAAGCUAUUGGAAUAAGAAUCGACAGUGGUGAUUUAGCAUAUUUGUCUAAUAAAUCUCGGGAAACUUUUGUUAAAGUUGCAAAAGAGUAAGUUUUUAUACUCUAAAUAAAUAAUAAUACUAUUUAAACUAUAAUAUGUUUAAAUACCAUAGGUUUAAUAUACCUUGGUUUUCCAACUUAACCAUUAUUGCAUCAAAUGAUAUAAAUGAAGAAACAAUUUGGAGUUUAAAUGAUCAGAAGCAUAGUAUUGAUUGUUUUGGAAUUGGGACACAUUUAGGUAAAUUAAAAUAGUAUUUUAGUAUUGUUGUUUAAAUAAUAAUGAUACAAUGUGCUAAAUUAUUUGAAUUCAGUUACAUGCCAAAGACAGCCAGCUCUGGGUUGUGUAUAUAAACUAGUUGAAGUAAAUGGUCUCCCACGUAUAAAAUUGAGUCAGGAUGGUAGCAAAAUUACAAUGCCCGGUAAAAAGGAUGCUUUUAGAUUAUAUGGUGGUGAUGGUAAGUAAAAAUGUCAACUUUUUUAAUUUAUAAUAUUAUUAAUAUUAUUAAUAUUUUCUUUUAGGAUUUGCUUUAAUAGACUUAUUGCAGAAGUCUGUUGAAGAUCAACCAAUAGCCAAAACAAAACUUCUUUGUAGACAUCCAUUCGAUCAAAAGAAACGAGCAUUUGUUGUACCAUCAGCAAUAAAGCCAUUAUACAAAGUAAAAUUAUAUUUCAUAGUUUUAUGUUAUUUUUGACAUAAUUUAAUAUAUAUAUAUAAUUAUAUACAUAGCUUUAUUGGGGAAAUGGACAUAUAAUGCAACCACUACCAGAUUUACAAGAAAUCCGUGAAUACGUUAAAGAAUCUUUGAGAACAAUACGUCCAGACAUCAAAAGAAAUCUUAAUCCUACACCUUACAAAGUAAGCGUUGUAACAAAAGUAUAUUUUGUUUAUUUAUUUAUUUAAUUUUUUUUUUUUUUUAAUUAUAUGUAUAAAUUAGGUGUCUGUAUCAGAUGAUCUAUACGAGUUCAUGCAUGAAUUAUGGAUGCAAAACACUCCUAUUGGAGAAUUGUCUUGAUGCAAUACUUGAAACAAUACCAUCAUCAGUUACCAGCUGUCAAAAUAAAUAACAAUAGUCCCAUCAACAUUAUGCUUGGAUGUGCACUACACUUAUACACAAGCUUUUAAGUUGAUGACUUAUAAUAAUUAAUUUUGUGACCAAGAAGUAACUAAAGUUUCCAAACAUUGUUGUUUAAGUAUAUAUAUUUAUACAGAAUAUAUAUAUAAAUACAAAUUAUUAAACAUUUAGAUGCCAAUGUAUUUAUUACUUGUGAGCACAAUUUCUUGAUAAACAGUAUGUUUAAUGAUUUAUUUUGGUUCCCUGGUAGUUAACACAUUUUGAAAUACCUCAAACUUUACACUGAUUCAUUUUAUUAUUAUACAAUGCAUAUUAUACAUUGAAAACUUGGGCUUAAAAUCUUUUUUAAUUAAUCACAAAACAAUUUACAAUCGAAGAACAAACCAACAUAAAUCAAAUAAAUUCUAGUCUCGACUAUAAUUAUUUAAAUGAUUUCUUAAUAAUUACAUUUUGUUUUGUUUUAUAAUGUAUGUUGUGCUAAGAGAUAAUUACCUAAUGUCUAACUUAAUUGACAAUAAUAUUGAUAUCAGCAUAUUGUGGCAUUCCUUUUACUUUCUCAUAUUUGAGACAAAUAUGGUUGUUUUAUAAUUUAAAACUAUUUGACAUUUAAAAAAGAAAGAAAGGAAUAUUGUUAAAUAUUUUUUAUUAUGUUUUUUAGCUAAAGAAAUUUUUUAGUUAUUUAGGGUAUUAGAAAAAAUAUGAAAGUUAAUGUUUUUGUAAUUUUUUUCUAAAGUUUAUUUUUGUACUUAAUUAAUUUUGUUGAUUUUUUUUUAAUUUUACAGUUAUAAAAUGUACUAUGUAUUUAAUAGAUAAUUUAAUUUUAAAAAGCUUGUAUAUUGUAUAAAAAUAUUGAAAACCAUAGAAAAAUUACACUUGUCUAUUUAGCAUCUAAUCAAAGUAUUUUGUUUUCAUCAACCAAUAAAGUAAACAUUUAUUUUAUAUCCUG